AGAAAAGGGAACACAGUUUCCAUUACACUCGACGUCCAUGAGACUUGUUUCUAUGUUGGUUUCACGACGGGUUGGAUUAUGUCUUCAAUUAACAGGAGUCCCAUGGUGGCAUACGUGUUAUUUGUGCUGCUGAACUGUUACUGGAAAGCCGUGUCCGGGCAGCUCUCCUACUCCAUAUCAGAAGAGGUGAAUCCAGGGACAUCUGUAGGAAAUAUAGCGAAGGAUCUAAACCUCAGUGUCGAUGAUCUGGAGUCUCGGAUGUUCCAGAUUGUUAUCGGAUCAAAGAGGAAAUUGUUCGAGGUAAAUCUAAAGUCUGGUGUUCUCGUUGUCAAUGAUAGAAUAGACCGAGAGGAGCUAUGUGCGAAGGCAACGAAAUGCACAGUGAGCGUAGAGGCUGUGAUAAAUGCUCCACUGAAGCUUUAUCGUUUAGACAUAAAUAUUCUAGAUGUAAAUGACAAUCAUCCGUCUUUCAGUGCUAAUUCGCAAAGUAUCGAAAUAGCCGAAAGCACACUACCUGGGACAAAAUUUCUUGUGCUGUCUGCCUAUGAUGCCGAUGUAGGAAAGAAUGGCAUCAUUACGUACAAGCUGAAUCAAAAUGAACAUUUUUCAUUAUCAUUGAACAAAGGAGAGAGUGUGUCUGCCGAGCUAGUCCUCCAGAAACCUUUAGAUCGAGAAAAACAGCCUAUAAUUAAACUCACGUUGACUGCUGUAGACGGAGGGACACCUCCAAAAUCCGGAACAUCACAGAUAAUAAUUCAUGUCUUAGAUGUUAAUGAUAACGUCCCAGUAUUUACUAAACCACUAUAUAAAACAAGUAUUACUGAAAAUGUACCACUUGGUGCACCCGUAAUAACUGUAACAGCAACAGAUGCUGAUGAAGGACCAAACGGGGAGAUUUCAUAUUCACUGAGCAGCAAAGAUCAAGACCAUGUUUUGGAAACAUUUCAAAUUGAUGAGCUCACGGGUUUAUUGACAGUAAAGGGGGAGAUUGAUUUUGAAGAGCACCCGGCUUUUGAAAUCCGCGUGCAAGCUAGUGACAAAGGUUAUCCUCCAAUGGCAGCACAGUGUAAAUUACUAAUAGAGGUGGUGGAUUUAAAUGAUAAUAUUCCUGAAAUAUCUGUAACAUCACUAAUUAACAGAGUAAAAGAGGAUGCAAAAAUAGGUACAGCUGUGGCCCUCGUGUCAGUCCUGGACAGAGAUGGGGGUAAAAAUGGAGUAGUUAAUUGUGAUAUUAAAAAUGAUAGCCCCUUUAAAUUGGAGACAAAUUAUAAGAACUAUUACUCUUUGGUAGUGGAUGGACAGCUAGACAGAGAGAGUGCUUCACAUUAUAAUGUCACCGUCAUAGCUACAGAUGAUGGAAGCCCAGCUCUCACGAGCACAAGCGAUCUAACUGUUUAUAUUUCCGACGUCAACGACAACUGGCCUACUUUUUCAGACACUUUGGUCAAUGUUUAUUUAAAAGAGAACAGUCCAGUUGGAGCAGUUAUUAAAACAGUGACUGCAGCUGAUGCAGACAUUGACCAAAAUGCCCAGGUGAGCUAUUCAAUUGUAGAAACUAACAGUAACUCGUUGCCCUUAUCUACAAUGAUUAACAUCAACUCAGAGACUGGAGAUAUAGUCAGCUUGCAGUCUUUUAACUACGAGGAGUUAAAAACGUUUCAGUUUAAAGUUCAGGCCACAGACUCUGGUGUUCCUCCGCUCAGUAGCAACGUGACUGUGAACGUUUGUAUCCUGGAUGAGAAUGACAACAGUCCCGCGAUCCUCGCGCCCUAUUCUGAGCACGGCUCCGUUAACAGUGAGAGCAUCCCCUAUUCUGCUGAAGCGGGAUACUUUGUGGCAAAGAUCAGGGCUGUAGACGCAGACUCUGGAUACAACGCGCUGCUUUCUUAUCACCUGUCUGAGCCCAAAGGAAACAACCUCUUCCGGAUCGGAACCAGCACCGGGGAGAUCAGGACUAAGAGGAGAAUGAGUGACAAUGACCUGAAAACUCACCCCUUGGUGGUGCUGGUUUCUGAUAACGGAGAGCCCUCCCUGUCAGCUACUGUGUCUAUUGAUGUGGUGGUGGUUGAAAGCACAGCUGACAUCCAGACUCAGUUCAGACAUGUGCCCAUAAAGGAGGAGAGCUUUGGCAUGUUAGAUAUCUGGCUGGCAUUGGCGAUGUGUCAGAAAUGUGUUGGGGAGUCGUUUUUAUGCGUCGAGUAG